CUAUAACAUUCCAAAAUUCAAAAACCAAAAACACCACUCCUCAGCUCUCAAUCUCUGUCUCACAUUCAAUGGGAACUGUAGAGUUGGAGGCACCGCCAAGCAAAGACCUUGACAUAGACGAAGAAGAGCUCUCUCCAAUAGAACAAGUUCGUUUAACAGUACCCAACACGGAUGACCCGUCUCUCCCAGUAUGGACUUUCAGGAUGUGGUUCUUGGGCAUUCUCUCUUGCUGUCUCCUUUCUUUCUUGAACCAAUUCUUUGCUUAUCGAACUGAGCCUCUCAUCAUCACCCAGAUUACCGUCCAGGUGGCAACUCUCCCCAUCGGACGGUUUUUAGCUACUGUGCUGCCUGAAACCAAGUUUAACAUUCCUGGUCUUGGGAGUAGAGAGUUCUCUUUUAACCCUGGGCCGUUUAACAUGAAAGAGCAUGUUUUGAUUUCGAUAUUUGCUAAUGCUGGUAGUGCUUUUGGGUCUGGUUCAGCUUAUGCUGUCGGUAUUGUUAACAUUAUCAAGUCCAAGGCGUUUUACGGAAGGAACAUCUCCUUUUUCUCUGCUUGGGUUCUCAUCAUCACCACACAGGUUUUAGGGUAUGGUUGGGCUGGGCUAUUGAGGAAAUACGUGGUGGAACCAGCUCAUAUGUGGUGGCCUAGUACUCUUGUUCAAAUAUCUCUUUUCAGGACAUUGCAUGAAAAGGAAGACAAAAACGAGCACCGAAUCUCACGAGUGAAAUUCUUUGUCAUUGCAAUGACAUGUAGCUUUCUCUGGUACUUGUUGCCAGGGUACCUCUUCCAAACAUUACAAAGCAUUGCUUGGAUUUGCUAUGCUUUUCCACAUUCAGUCACUGCCCAACAGAUAGGGUCUGGCAUGAGAGGACUAGGAAUUGGAGCCUUGACAUUGGACUGGUCAACAGUAGCUUCGUACUUGUAUAGCCCUCUGCUUACUCCCUUCUUCGCUAUUGUAAAUGUCUUCGUAGGGUAUGCACUCAUAAUGUACGUCGUAAUUCCAAUAUCAUACUGGGGACUGAAUGUAUACAAUGCCAAGACAUUUCCCAUUUUUUCAUCGCACCUGUUCGAUGCACGAGGUGCGACGUAUAACAUUACUGAGGUUGUUAACGACAAGUUCGAGUUAGAUUUGGCACAGUAUGAUAAGCAUGGGAGAGUUCAUUUGAGUACAUUCUUCGCUCUCACCUAUGGAUUUGGAUUUGCCACUAUUGCAGCCACUCUUUCUCACGUAGCUUUGUUCUAUGGAAGGGAAAUUUAUGAUCGUUACCGGGCCUCUUCUAAGGGAAAGGAGGAUAUUCACACAAGACUAAUGAAGAACUACAAGGACAUACCUUCCCGGUGGUUUCAUGGGCUUCUAGCCAUGACAUUACUAGUCGCCCUUUUCCUCUGCAUCUUCUUGAAAAAGGAAGUUCAAAUGCCAUUUUGGGGACUUCUUUUCGCAGCUGCCCUUGCCUUCAUAUUCUCCCUCCCUAUCAGCAUUAUUACUGCCACCACAAAUCAGACACCAGGGCUGAAUAUCAUUACUGAGUAUGUAAUGGGAAUCAUAUAUCCUGGGAGACCUAUAGCCAAUGUUUGCUUUAAAACCUAUGGCUAUAUGAGCAUGGCUCAGGCAAUUUCCUUUCUUAGUGACUUCAAGCUAGGACAUUAUAUGAAGAUUCCUCCAAGGUCCAUGUUCCUGGUUCAGUUCAUUGGAACCAUCAUAGCUGGAACAAUCAACCUUGGGGUUGCAUGGUGGCUUCUGAAUAGUGUUGAACAUAUAUGCCAAGAUAACCUCCUCCCAGCAAAUAGUCCUUGGACUUGCCCUAGUGACCGUGUGUUCUUCGAUGCAUCUGUCAUCUGGGGUUUGGUUGGACCUAGGAGAAUCUUUGGCUCCCAAGGAGAAUACGCGGCCCUCAACUGGUUCUUCUUGGGAGGACUGUUGGGGCCAUUUAUUGUAUGGCUACUCCACAAGGCAUUCCCUGGGCAAUCUUGGAUACCACUCAUUAAUCUACCAGUGCUCCUGGGAGCAACAGCUGCUAUGCCACCAGCAACAGCAAUAAACUACAACUCAUGGAUUUUAGUUGGAACAAUCUUCAAUUUUUUCAUUUUCAGGUACAGAAAGGACUGGUGGCAGAGAUAUAAUUAUGUUCUAUCAGCAGCUCUUGAUGCAGGUGUUGCCUUCAUGGCAGUUCUUAUUUAUGUGACGGUAGGGCUCGAAAAUAAGAACUUGUACUGGUGGGGUUCUGAUCCUGAUGUUUUUCCGGAGCACUGCUCACUAGCAACUUGCCCCACCGCAAAGGGUAUCUCGGUUGACGGGUGUCCAACAUUCUAGCUCUCAUAGUAGUCUCAAGUUCUUUAAUUCUCAACGAACGCCUAAGUUUCCCAAGUUUUCAGCAUUAAUGUGUCUUUACAUUUCUUCUAUAUACAGCGGUGCUCUUUUUCAUGUCUACUUAUUAUUGAGGCAAAUUAAGAAAAAAUAAAUUACAGCACAAAUUUAGG